GAACAAGGUCUAAUUGAUGACCAGUUCUGGUCUAAUUUAUGGUUCGCUUUGAAUUUUUUACGUUCCCUUUUCACAUCUGUUCAUUGCGUUCCAUUGUAGCUGUUCAUAUAAGUAAAAGGGUUCCAAAACUCAGACAGCAGAACCAAAUGGUUAAGUUUCCACAAUUUUUCUUUGACAGUCUUCAUUUUUUUUCUGCUUGAUCUUGAUUUUGUUAUUUUCACUCAAAAAAUGAUGGUUUUGGGUAGAGGGACCUCCCUGCUUGUCUUUUUAAUUGUGAUUUUACUACAGAUUAGAAGGGCUGUUGGACUCAAUUCAACAGCUGGAGAUCAUGAAGUUAGGUGCAUAGAGAGGAAAAGACAAGUAUUUCUUGCAUUUAAUCAAGGUUUGGUUGAUGACUAUGGUGUGCUUUCCUCCUGGGGAAGUGAAGAAGAGAAAAGGGAUUUUUGCAAACGGAGAGGAGUUCAGAGUAGCAAAGCAACUAGCCGUGUAAUUGAGCUUAUUCUUCAGGAUUGCUCUUUAAAAGGUGGCCAUCUUCUCAGUCAGUUAGGGAACCUCACAAGUCUGCAACUUGUUGAUCUUAGACAUAAUUACUUCGACAGUAUCAAAAAUCUUGAGUGGCUUUCCCAUCUUUCUUCUUUGAAAUACCUUGAUAUGAGCACAAUCGACCUUAGUAAGGUUAAUAACUGGCUGCAGGUGGUUAAGAAGCUCCCUCAUCUAACCAACCUGCAGCUAGAUCUCUGUAAUCUUUUAGAUGUUGUUCCCCCAGUCCUUCGCCAGGGUUAAAAGUUUGACAUCCCCUGCUGUCCUAGACCUAAGCAGUAAUAAUUUUGAUUGCGUUCCCAUUCCGGUGGCUGUUCAAUUUCAACUUUAGCCAUAGCUUAGUCCUACUCAUGUUAGGUAGAAAUGUGUUUCAAGGUCCGAUUUCAGAAACUUUCGGUCACAUGACUUCUUUGGAAUACCUAUAACUCAAGGAAAAUCAAUUUGAAGGAGGGCUUCCAAAAUCCUUUGGAAACAUGUGCAAAUUAAGGCUUUUACACUUGUCUGGUGACCAUCUGGGACUGGGAGAAAUGCUUCAUGAACUCAUAGGAAACUUCUCUGGAUGUCUGCAGCUGUCUUUAGAAGAUUUGGCUUUCGAUAAUGGUGGAAUUGGGGGAGUCCUAUCUGAUCGGAUAACAAACUUCUCAUUGUUGAGAGAGUUGUCCCUUGGAAGUCAUAAUGUAAGUGGCGCUGUGACCAAAAA